AUGAAGAGACUUGGCAGUUCUAGUUCAUUGGGCGCUAUGAUUAUCUGUCCCAACACUACAGGUGAACAUAAUCAAGGGAACAAUCAUGUUUACACGGGGGAGUUCCAGGCCUUAUUGGAGGGUUUAGAUGAGGAAGGUUGUAUGGAAGAAUCAGGUGGCCACAUGGCCGAAAAGAAAAGGAGAUUAAGUGUUGAUCAAGUGAAAGCAUUGGAGAAGAAUUUUGAAGUGGAAAACAAGCUUGAACCGGAGAGAAAAGCUAAGUUGGCACAAGAACUUGGUUUGCAGCCAAGACAGGUGGCUGUUUGGUUCCAAAACCGCCGUGCACGGUGGAAAACCAAACAAUUAGAGAGAGAUUAUGGCAUACUCAAAGCCAAUUUUGAUGCCCUCAAGCACAAUUAUGAAACUCUCCAACUGGACAAUGAAACUCUACUGAAAGAGAUUCGGGAGCUGAAAUCGAAGCUAAAUGAAGAUGGCGCAAGUGAAAGCAAAGUAUGUGUGAAGGAAGAAAAAAUCGUGUCUGAAACUGAUGAAAAAUGCAAAGCUGCAACCACAUUGAAUUCUCUGACUAAAUGUGAUAAAGAUGCCUCUGAUCUGCACUUGGAGAAUCUCAAUGGCACCAAUGGGAUAAUUUCUGCAUCAGUUUUUACUGAUUUAAAAGAUGGAUCCUCUGAUAGUACUGAUUCAAGUGCAAUCCUGAAUGAAGACAACAAUAGCCCUACUGCUGCUAUUUCUUCAUCUGCUAGUGGGGUUAGCCCACAUCCAUUCUUAGACUUACAGAAUGGAUCCAGUUCAUCUAUGGCUUGCACUUUCCAGUUUUCAGACCCCAAAACAAAUUUCACUCGAGAUGCCCACAAAGCUUAUCAGCCACAGUUCGUCAGGAUUGAGGAACACAAUUUUUUCGGUGACGAAUCAUGCAGUACUUUCUUUUCAGAUGAUCAAGCUCCGACCCUCCAUUGGUACUGCCCCGAAGACUGGAACUAA